CCUAAUUACAAUUUUAAGAAGCUUACUAUAAACAUCAAUUUAUGUAAUUUCAAUCACGUUCGAAUCGGUGCGAGCAGUUGGAUGUCCAUUUUUGUCCCCCUCUACAUAGCGAUCAACUUUUUUCUACCACAAACUCCAAUUUUUUCCAUCAAAAUUUAAUGAACUCUCCUACUCCCUUGGCCCCCAUCUCCACCCCAACCAUACCUCUAUCUCCUCCUCCCUCUCUUCCAAGCCCCAAACAGAACAUAGCUCAGAAAGACUUGUAUCAAGAAUAGGAAUUUCCAUGGCUUUUAUCCGAUUCUCUUUCAACAUCCCCAUGAACAAGAGCCAUGAACCUCAAUGGCCAUCCGCCACAUGGAAAACUAUAGAAACAAGCAACCUUUUCUUCUUAAAACAAAGUUUUUCCCGAAAAAAAUCAAUUAGAAAACUCAUCAAAUGUGCUUCAGUUUCAAGCUUGACAUCAGAAGUCAAAGAAGCACAAGAAUAUGCACAAGACAGUAGAACCUUCAAUCAAGUCUGGAGAGAAAUUCAAGGGUGCUACCACUGGGAAGGCCUACUAGACCCCAUGAAUUCUCAUCUUCGCCAAGAAAUUAUUCGGUGUGGUGAAUUUGCACAAGCAUGUUAUGAUUCAUUCGACUUUGAUCCUCACUCAAAGUAUUGUGGCACGUGCAAGUACCAACCUGCAGAUUUCUUUGAUAAGCUAGACAUGGCUGACAGAGGCUAUCAAAUGAGAAGAUACUUGUAUGCAACUUCAAACAUAGAUUUACCAAAAUUUUUCCAGAAAUCCAACAUGAGCAGUAUUUGGAGUCAACAUGCAAACUGGAUGGGCUAUGUUGCAGUUACAGUGGAUGAAGAUGAGAUCAAAAGGCUCGGGCGCCGUGAUAUUCUUAUUUCAUGGAGAGGCACAGUGACAUACCUCGAAUGGAUUCAUGAUCUCAAGGACUUCUUACAUCCAGCUCAUUUCCGCGAUGAUCCAUCAAUAAAAAUCGAGUCAGGGUUCUUCGAUCUAUACACCACCAAAGAGAAUACGUGCAAGUAUUGCUCGUUUUCAGCUCGUGAGCAAGUACUAGCUGAAGUGAACAGACUUAUACAGAGAUACGAAGGGGAAGAAUUAAGCAUCACAAUAACAGGACAUAGUCUUGGAGCAGCUCUGGCUUUGUUGAGCGCAUAUGAUAUUUCCGAGAUGAAAUUAAACAUCACAAAAACAGGUACUAAGAAAAUCCCAAUUACAGUUUUCUCCUUUGCAGGUCCGAGAGUUGGAAAUCUCAGGUUCAAAGAAAGAUGUGAUGAACUCGGCGUUAAGGUCUUGAGAAUUGUCAAUGUCCAUGAUAAAGUUCCAACAGUUCCUGGAAUUAUUACAAAUGAGAAGUUUCAAUACCAAAAGUAUAUUGAAGAAGUUAUAUCAUUUCCUUGGAGUUAUGCUCAUGUUGGAGUGGAGUUGGCAUUGGACCAUACUCAUUCACCAUUUCUGAAGGCCAAUAGUGAUCUUGGAUGUGCACAUAAUCUUGAGGCUCAUUUACACUUGGUUGAUGGAUUUCAUGGCAGAGGUAGGCCGUUUAGAUUGGUCACAAAAAGGGAUAUUGCACUUGUGAACAAGGAUUCUGAUUUCUUGAAGAGAGAUUAUGGGGUGCCACCAAAAUGGAGGCAAGAUGAGAACAAAGGGAUGGUGAGGAAUAGUGAUGGACGAUGGGUGCUGCCAGAGAGACCAAGAGUGGAAGCCCAUCCUGCUGACACUGCACACCACUUUGAACAAGUGCUCAAAUAUGCUAGGUCUGGAUUUGAAUUACUUUAAUAGCAGAUCAUAAUUGUGAAUUAGCAUUUUCAUGAACUUAGUCUAAUUUUAAGAAAUAAUUGUAAAGAAAAGGAAAAGGAAGAGAGAGAGAGAGAAGUUGGUUGUGACCGUAUUAUAAUGGCGAAGUGUACGAACUUAUCAUGUAGUACGUGAGAAUCAAAUGAAAAUGAGAAAUAGGUGAUAUAAAAAGCAAAAAUGCAUUUUUCUGCAAGUUAAAAAAUUA